CUUCCCUCCUUUGUUUACCUACAAAAAACCCAACCAACAAAGACGCCUAGCUUGUGGAAAGCUAAAGCCCAUCUUCAAAAACCCUCGCUGCCCAGUUAAAAAUUUUAAUCUUUCUUAAUGCCCAUUUUCCCACCCCUGCAAAAUUCACUUCCUUUUUCAGCUUUAAUUCACUGGUGACCAUGGAAAAUUCUACUUCCGUCACCGACAACCGGGAUACUGAGGAGGCUGCUGACAGGCUUGGACAGGAGGAGGGACGAGUGAAGGUUGAAGAGAGUGAUCGGUACUUUCCCGGUAACCGGUGGCCGCGGGAGGAGACUCUGGCUUUGUUAAAGAUAAGGUCUGAUAUGGACGCUGCGUUUAGGGACUCUGGUCAUAAGGCUCCUCUAUGGGAAGAAGUUUCCCGGAAAUUAUCUGAGCUUGGAUACAACCGAAGUGCAAAGAAAUGCAAGGAGAAGUUUGAGAACAUUUUUAAGUACCAUAGAAGAACCAAAGAAUGCCGGUCUGGUCGGUCAAAUUCCAAGACUUAUAGGUUUUUUGAGCAACUAGAGGCUCUAGAUAACCACAAUUCUUUAUACAUGCCUCUUCCGCUAGAUAGUGUUCAAACUAGCAUGCCGCCGCCAAUAAAUACAGUACCAACAAACAUAUCUCAUGUUAAUUUUGCCCAUGAUCCUAUUCCAUGUUCCAUAAAGAAUCCCACUACAAAUUAUGCUGACACCUCGCCUUCAACAUCGUUUUCAAGUAAAGAAUCUGAUGGAAUGCAUAAGAAGAAGAGAAAACUAGCAGAGUUUUUUGAAGGUUUAAUGAGGAAAGUGAUGGAGAAGCAAGAGAAUUUGCAAAAGAAGUUUGUAGAGGCAAUAGAGAAGUUUGAACAAGAUAGGAUAGCAAGAGAGGAGGCAUGGAAGAUGCAAGAAUUAGCAAGGAUUAAGAGAGAGCGUGAGCUUCUGGUUCAAGAAAGAUCAGUUGUAGCUGCAAAGGAUGCUGCUGUGCUUGCAUUUCUGCAGAAGUUCUCGGAACAAACAAACUCGGUGCAAAUGCCUCAGAUUCCAGUUGCAGUUGAGAAAGUGGUUGAGAGGCAGGAAGAUGGUGACGGUGGUGAAAAUUUUAUUCAUCAGAUGAGCUCAUCUCGGUGGCCUAAAGAAGAAAUUGAGGCUUUGAUUAAGUUGAGGGCUAAUUUGGACACACAGUAUGAUGAAAGUGCUCCUAAAGGGCCUCUUUGGGAGGAGAUAUCAGCUGCCAUGAAGAAGCUUGGUUAUGAUCGAAACGCAAAAAGAUGUAAAGAAAAAUGGGAGAACAUGAACAAAUACUUCAAAAAGGUUAAGGAAAGCAAUAAGAAGAGGUCAGAGGAUUCAAAGACAUGUCCUUAUUUUCAACAGCUUGAUGCUCUCUAUAAAGAGAAGACUAGGAAGCCAGAUAGUUCAGUUAGUUCAGGUUACAACAUGAAGCCAGAGGAGCUUUUGAUGCAUAUGAUGGAUUCCCAAGAAGAGCAACGACCUGACUUGCACGUAGAGGAUGGAGAAAGCGAGAGUGCUGAUCAGAGUGAAGAACAUAGAGAUAAUGAAGAUGAAGGAAAUAAUUAUCAGAUUGGAGCUGAUAAUUCAUUCUCCAUGGAAAUCAUAGAGUGAAAAGAGAAUGAAGAGAACCCACUUUUUGGACGAUGAUUGUGGGUCUUGUUUAUUAGUGUAGGGUCAUAGUUGAAGGCUGGUCACAUGGCUUGUUUGGGUUACUUUGAGAUUUUAGAAACUUCAUUUUGGUACAAGAUAUAAUGCAUAUCUAGCUAUAUAUGUACAUGUUCAUCAUCUGUUGAAUAAGUGCUUGAGUGUAGAAUGAGGAAAUUGGAGUGAAAUACAUGUAUACUUAUAUAUACUUGUUUUUAGGCUUUUUGGCAGUUGGAAGAGCAAUAAGCCCUCUGUGUGGCAAACUGGAAAUUGUUGGGUAUGUAUUGUAUGAUUCAAUGUAGAUUAGCGAAGUCAUAAUGCUGCAACUAAGAGGUCUGCUUUUUGUUUGAAGUAUUCAAUUAUAUCCUUCAUGAGAAAGCAAUAGUGUAUAUUUACAAAGGACAAAUUGUUGACAUAAUUUUGCCAAUGA